CUUACGUGUGUAUUUACCUUGCGCUUCUGUCAUAGGAAUAUAAUUAUGUGGUCAACUCUUUGUGUUUGCUUUUUUGUGUUCAAUCAUCAAAGUCUGAUUGCUAGAUGUGAAGCCAAACGACCUCCUUCUCAAGCAGCAGAUGCAGCCGUGGAGGGCAUUGGACUUGGUGGAUCUUUCGUUGACGUUGGGGCUAACUCGGCUUCGCCUAAUGGUAUACCAGCAUGGGGAAUCGCUGCGAUUUGUCUUGGAAUAGCCCUUGUCAUUGGUGUCGUAAUAAUUCUCGUCUGCUGGAUGAGAAGUGGCACAGAUGAUGAUAACUCGCCAAGGACAGAGAAUAACGAUUCGUAUCAGCCUCCCCCAAAAACCAAUUCAGACAACAUCCCGAGUGGCUAGACAAAAGUAGACGCAUUGCAGCCGUUCAUUUUAAAAUCGAUGGAACUGUACCAACCCUUGUUUUCAAAACUAUUAAACUCAACCAUUGUAUUUUCCAAGUUACUGAAAUAACUUUCCUUUGCAUGUUUUAUCAAAUUAGUUACUUCGUUCCUUAUGUUCUUAUAUUCGGACUAAUCGUGUGGAUUGUUCGAUAAAGUGGCUUUAUUCUUUAGAUUAUCAUGCUUUGUGUGUUUAGGAAUUUGAUACGAGAUUACUUUUGAUGAAUGCGUAUGUCAAAAAAUGAUCACUUAUGUAUGAAAUAGUUUCAGAAACUCCUGAAUUUAGCACACUAAUAUGAUCUGAUACCGCGAUAGGGUCUUAUAAAGUACUAGAAGUAUUCAUUACUCUAGUCGGCGUGUUUAUGACAUUAUGUAGAUUAUUAAGAAGCAUAGUAUAUUUAAAUUUGUGGUUUGAGGGGUUCAGCUGGUCUUUGUUAAUAUCGCCCAGAAGAAUAAUAUUGUUCUCAUUGUGCUGUUCCAUUGUAUACAGUUUUAUUACAUUCUAUCCGGUAUUUUUCAAGUUAUGAGCAGGACAAGAAAAAAGUAACAAAGGACAAUAACUAUGUAAUCGGUUGAAAUAGAAUUGCGAUUCCUGUACACUGCACUUACUCUCAUUAUGAUAUAUCACUGUAUGAAGUUUUAUUAAAUUCCAUCCAAUAGUUUUCAAGUUAUGCUCCGGGCAAGAAAAAGUAACAAAGGGCAGUAACUCUGUAAUAAGCUGAAAUAGAAUUGCGGUUCCUGUACACUACACUCCCUCUCAUUAUGAUCUAUCAUUGUAUGAAGCUUUAUUAAAUUCCAUCCAAUAGUUUUCAAGUUAUGCUCCGGACAAGAAAAAGUAACAAAAGGCAGUAACUCUGUAAUUGGCUGAAAUAGAAUUACAGUUCCUAUACACUACACUCACUCUCAUUAUGAUCUAUCACUGUAUGAAAUUUUAUUAAAUUCCACACAAUAGUUUUCAAGUUAUGCUCCGGACAAGAAAAAGUAGCAAAGGGCAGUAACUCUGUUAUUAGCUGAAAUAGAAUUGCGGUUCCUAUACACUGCACUCCCUCUCAUUAUGAUCUAUCACUGUAUGAUGUUUUAUUAAAUUCCAUCCAAUAGUUUUCAAGUUAUGCUCCGGACAAGAAAAAGUAGCAAAGGGCAGUAACUCUGUAAUGAGCUAAAGUAGAGUUAUGGUUCUUAAACACUGCACUUUCUCUCAUUGUGCUUUACCAUUGUAUUAAGUUUUAAUAAAUUCCAUCAAGUAGUUUACAAGUUAAUGUCUGGAAAAAUAGUUGACAGCAAAAAACAAAUAAAGGGCAAAAACUCAGUAAUAAGCUAAAGUAGAGUUAUGGUUCUUAAACACUGCACUUCCACUCACUGUGCUUUACCAUUGUAUGAAGUUCAAAUGAAUUCCAUCCAGUACUUUCCAAGUUAUACUCCGGACAAUCAAAAGUAACAAAGGGCAAUAACUCAGUUAUAAGCAAGAAUAGAUUUGUGGUUUUGUACACUGCACUUCCUCUCAUUAUGCUCCAUCAUUGUAUGAAGUUUAAUCUAAUUCCAUCCAGUAGUUUCUAAGUUAUGCUCCGGACAAGGUAAUUUGCAACGGACCGACCAACGGACUGACCGACCGACCACAGGGUGACUCGUUUGUCGGGGGUGUAAUGAAAUAGGACAGCUAUUGAGUAACAAAGGGAUUGUAUGAACAGGAGGGAAAUAACUCAUUGUUUAAAGGUUAUUAAUAGGAAAUACCAAGUAAUGCAAUGGAAUUUAUUUUUUUUUGCAAUUAAAUUGUACAUUGU